AUGAAGAUGAUGUUGAACUCCUCACAGGUGUCACAUUUCACUCUGGAUGCGUAUUUAGACCCUGGUCUGUUUAAAUAUGUGAUCUUCCUGACGGUGCUGUGCUUCUAUAUGUUUAUUAUCGUUGCUAACGUGCUGCUGAUUGUAGUUAUCUGUAUGAACAGAAGUCUCCACGAGCCCAUGUACCUGUUCCUGUGCAGCCUGUUUGUGAAUGAACUGUACGGCAGCACAGGCUUGUUUCCUUUGCUGCUGCUUCACAUUCUCUCCGACGUUCACUCCGUCUCCGCCCCCUUUUGCUUCCUGCAAAACGUUUGCUUGUACUCGUACGGUGGCGGCGAGUACCUGAUCUUGGCCAUCAUGUCCUACGACCGCUACCUCGCCAUCUGUCGCCCCCUGCAGUACAGCACACACAUGACGGGGAACCGAAUCGCUGCUCUCAUCGCCUUCGCGUGGUUAUGUCCCCUGCUGCUGUGCGCGGUGAUGACGUCGCUCAGCGCGACUCUGCGGCUGUGCGGGAACGUCAUCAACAAGGUUUACUGCGACAACUACUCCAUCGUGAAGCUUUCGUGCGGCGCCACGACGGUCAACAACAUCUACGGCCUCUUCGUCACGUGCUGCUCCAUCUUCCUGCCCCUGGCGCUGAUCUUCGUCUCGUACGCGAAGAUUCUGAGGAUCUGUUUCUCGGGUUGUAAGCAGACGCGGCAGAAGGCAGUCAGCACGUGCUCGCCUCACCUGGCCUCCCUGCUCAACUUCUCCUGUGGGGCCUUUUUUGAAAUCAUGCAGAGCAGGUUUAAUAUGAAUAACAUUCCCAACAUGAUGAGGAUAUUUUUAUCUCUGUACUGGCUCACUUGUCAGCCGCUGUUAAAUCCUCUGGUUUAUGGCCUCAACUUGUCCAAAAUGAGAGUCAUCUGUAAAAGUCUCAUCUCUGCUGAAAUGUAACUCACAAACACAAACACACACACACACACACACACACUUACUGCUUUAUAUGGUGUAUUAUAUUUUGUUGCGUUUCAAUAAUUUUAAAACUGUAUGGAGUUUCCUCCCACAGUCCAAACACAUGCGAAGGUUAACCCUUUUUUUGGGUUGCUGUGGGAAUAAUACACAACUCCUUAUGUGGACAUCCUGGUGGUGUGUGUUUAUAGGUCACCUUCAGGCUUUACAAAAUACUUAUUCCGUGUUGUUGAGUCAAAGAUACGAUUCAUUUUAUAUCGCAUAUUUAACAAAAAAAAACAAACAGAUAUCAAUAAUUGUGCAGAAGAUAAAAAUCAAAAGAUACCAUUUUUAUUUUAUUUAUUUUUAUUUUUGUCAUUAAAAACGAGCCAAAAUGUGACGUAUUUCCAAAUUUCACAAAUUCAAGUACUUUUUGCUGGGGUGUGUUUAUAUAGUUCUUCAGCUUGCCUAUAGGUUGUGCUGAAAAGAAGGAUAUAAGACACUCUGGCCCUGUGGUGGACUGGUGAGACUGUUUAGGAUGACAUUUUCUGUGCAUAAAGUUAAUGGCAAAGAGAGGAAAUAAUUACAUUUUUAAACC